AAUUGGAGAUCGCGGUGCGUCGGGAAAAUCAACAAACGACAGCCAUCUGCUUUAACUCCUCUCUCUCUCUCUCUCUCUCAUUUUAUAACCAGAGAAAACAGCAAAGCCAAGGUUGCAGAAGAAGAAGAAGACAAGGAUCGAAGAAACCAGAUGAGAGUCCGAUGCUGGAUCCUGUCCCUGUUCCUGCUCUCAGUUUCAAUGGCACUUGGAGAAACAUCAUCCUUACGUAGCCACAGCAAGCAGAAGCUUCUCGAGUUCCAAGAAAAGAUCCAACACCGAUUGGCUUCUGCUCCCAUUUUCCCGCCAUUGUCUUCUCCACCACCUUCUUCUUCCCCUAAGAUGAUUGGGAGAGUGAUAUACCCAAUCGGGUAUGGAGCAGACCCGAGAGGAGAACAAGACAGCAGUGACGCAAUACUCGCAGCUUUAACUGAUGCUUUUCAUUUACAGAGUGGACUUCAGUUGCUGCCACGUGUCACCGACCUCGGCGGUCUCGUCCUUGAUCUCCAAGGCGGCAACUACAAGAUCUCCAAACCCCUCCGGUUUCCUCCCUCCGGCGGCGGCAACCUCGUUGUUCAAGGAGGAACUCUCCGGGGAUCCGACGAGUUUCCCGCCGACCAGCAUUUGGUCCAAUUAGUCUCCCCAUCCUCUGUCAAAAUGUCGUCGGAGAAUUCUCCUCCACAGUUCUCCGACGAGGAAGACCAGAGUUCCGGGAUCUUCUACGAGGACAUAACCUUCCGGGAUGUACUUUUCGACUCGAACUUCCGAGGUGGGGGCAUUUCGGUGAUUGACUCCGCCCGAAUCCGAAUCAACAACUGUUACUUCCUGCAUUUCACAACACAGGGGAUACAGGUUCAGAGGGGCCAUGAGAUACUCAUAUCAAGCUCCUUCUUGGGGCAACAUUCAACUGUAGGCGGAGACAGCCAGGAGAGGGAAUAUUCCGGGACUGGGAUCGAUAUCUCGAGCACGGACAAUGUGAUCACCGAUGUCGUGAUUUUCUCGGCGGCCGUCGGGAUCUCAUUGAAUGGCCCGGCUAAUAUUGUCACUGGAGUGCACUGCUACAACAAGGCAACGUGGUUCGGAGGUGUUGGCAUUUUGGUAAAAUCGCCAUUGACGAGGAUAGAUAACUGUUACCUGGAUUACACAGGUAUAGUCAUCGAAGAUCCUGUCCAGGUUCACGUCACAAACGGCCUGUUCUUGGGGGAUGCUAAUGUAGUGUUGAGAUCCAUAAAUGGUCGGGUUUCGGGGCUAAAUAUCGUCAACAACAUGUUCAAUGGCGACCCGAAACACAACUUCCCGAUCAUCAAGAUCGAAGGAGAGUUUCAUGAUAUUGACCAAGUGGUCAUCGAUCAGAACAAUGUAGAAGGCAUGACUCUGAAAUCAACAUUCGGGAAGCUGCUGGUUUCGAUGAACGGGACACAGUGGGAGGCCGACUUUUCCCCGGUUCUGGUAUUCCCAAACCGGAUAAGUAACUUCCAAUAUUCAUUUUUCGCACAAGCUGAGCAGAUUCCUGCUCAUGCUGUUAUCAAUGUUUCCAACAAUGUGGUAGUAGGACAGACAGAUAAGGCUGUCACUGGAACUGUAUCAGUGAUUGUUUAUCAGUAAAAUCUUUCACAGAGAAAGUGAUUCUCUCA